UCUGCUUGUACUUGCCGGUCGUACUGGCGUUACUCGCCGUCCUGAAAACAUUUCCCAUCACGACGCUCCUGUCUCGCCGCUGAAAUAGCCGCUCUCUCUAAUCAUUGGCCCCAGUGGUGCGGCACAACCUGAGGCCAGUGCAAAAAACAUACGGCCAUGUCGACUAUCAAGAUAAACCCGAGCCGCACGUGUUGGAGUUUAUCGUAAAUAAAUUGGAUGAAAAUUAUCCUCAGUGACACUGGAUUAUAAAUUGUUGAUUCUUCUAUCUGAAGAUCAUUUAUGUGUGACUUUAUUUUGUUUAUCUAUCUUUUAAUAUAAAUCAUCACAAUAAUUCAGUGCAUCUAACAUUUUACGCAAUUACAUUUGGAUUACGCGUGUGUACUCAAGUGAAAAAAGGUUCAUAUGAAAAUUUGAUAGUUGUGAGUGAUAGACAAGUUAUUUACAACAAUUGGAUAUGUAAAUAGAUUGUCGAAGUGUAAUACGUCAAUAACAGUGACGUGAUAUUGAUCAUUUGGAUAAACAGUUAGUUAAAAAAAUUGACAAGAAAUUAACAAUAUAAAAAUGGAUUUAGGAGACAGGGUUUACGCUGCAGAAAGGAUCACGAAGAAGAGAGAAAAGCGGGGUAAAGUCGAGUAUUUUGUUAAGUGGAAGGGCUGGAGUAAAAAGUACAACACAUGGGAACCAGAAGAAAAUAUUUUAGAUGUCAGGCUCAUUGAAUUAUACGAAGAGAGCCAAAGAGGAGGUGACGUUGUCACAAGAAGACCCAGAAGGAGAGACGCAAGAUACAACGUAAGAUACUGCGCUUUGUUGGAUGAUGAAAUUGAUGAAAAAGAUUCAAGUACCAACGUCACUACUUUACGUCAACAGGAGCAGGUUUUAGCUAGUCUUCAUGUGGCAGAGGAGCCUGGUGGAGACGAAAGAGUUGGUGAAGACAGUCAAGAUGAGUCUGGCAGUACCUCAGCACCUCGAUUAAAUCCUGCUGCUGAUGAAGACACGUUGCCGAGCUCGCUCGAUGGUCAUGAGUCUCCAACACCACCCGAAUUAUCAGCGUCAGCAUUCAGUAUCGAUUCAGACAGUUCAAACAGCAGCGUUGACAUUCCACUCAUAGCAAGAAGGGAACCAGCGGGCACCAAGAGGAAAGCUGAGGUCUUAAGCAAAGAAUCAGGCAAAAUUGGCGUUACUAUAACCACAAGUCCGAGCAGUGGCGGUGGAAGUCCACCUCCUAAUAAAAUUCCACGUCUCCUUCCUAUCAAGGGCAAUGCCACUCCUUAUCACAAUCACAAACUAAAUGGCAAAAGACCUUCAUCAUCUGGUGUUAAAUCAACGCCAGAAGAGCCGCUUCCAGCAGUUCCAACAACUCCAGCACCUGCAAUUCAGGACAAAAAACGACCUGAAGCUGAUGUACCACAUGGUCCACCACCUUCUCUACCUCGGGCACCUCCCGCCCCUCUAUCUCCAAGAAUAGAUACUCCUCUAGAGCAUCCGCCAAAAAAGAGACCUCUAGAGAAAACUGAAAAGUCAAAUGGCACAAUGACUGACACAAAUGGCCACAAAUCCCCCAGUCCUACUGAUGCUUACACAAAUAAUAACAGGUUAACUUCUAUUGUUAAUGGCCAUCACGGACAUAAUAAUAAUAACAACAAUAAUAAUAACAUCAACAAUAAUAAUACGAGUAAUAAUAAUAACAAUAACAAUAAUAAUGCGACAAGUAUCAUACCACCGGAAAUUAUAAAAUCCAACGUGUAUAUUCCACUGACCAGUCCAAGUACUGAUUAUUGGCACGCGAGAAAUCCUGUUGCUGAUCAAGUAUUUAUUACUGACGUUACAGUCAAUUUAAAAACCGUCACUAUCAGGGAGUGUAAGACUGAGAAAGGAUUUUUUCGUGAGAGAGAUCCUAAAAGCGAUAUCUACUGAAUAAAAUGAAAACAAGAACAUUAAAUAAGCCAACAGAAUGUUUGACUUGAAAAUCGUAAUUUAAUGAUUGUACAUAUAAAUUAUUUUCACACUAAAUAACGUUAAGAUGCUACAAAAAUAGACUUCUUGUGACAAUUCAAACAGACUGUUGAUAGAAUAUAAUGAAAUUGUUAUCGCAAAAUUGAAUUGUCAGUGACGAAAUUAUCAAUAUCUUGUAAUAAUGUGAUUUUACUAUUCAGUCAAUGGAUAAAAUCACCACCGAAGAAUCGAAAAGAAUUACACUGGUUCCAAAUAUUUAUUUUAUUGUCUAAAUAAUUGAAAAAAUAUCGAAAAUUUAAGAUCUUGAUAUUGUAUAUAUUUCUGAGUGAAAAGUCUAAUUGAUCAUUAACAUUAAUUUCUAAGAAAAUAAAAAAAAAAUAUUGAAAUAAGUUUAAUAAUAAUGUAAAAACUUGUCAGGUUCUUUUCUUUCCAUAUCAUUCAGAAAUUAAUGAAAUAUUAAUUGUACUUUUCUUAAGUGUAUGCUUGGUAGAUUCUAGAUUGCACUGAUCCGGUGAUUAGAUUGGUAAUAAAAUGAAAUUUAUAAUAAAUUAAAUAUUGAAAUAUACUUUUGAAUCAUGAUCAUAAAUAUUUUGCCGUAAAACUGUCAGAAAAUCAAUUUAUGGACAGAUAAAUUUAAUUUAUUG